AUGUCAAUGUUCAGGUCAGCCGCAGAUCUAUCUUCAUCGGAGCCGGAAUCUGAAAGUGAUGAAGAUGGAUUUGGUGAACAUGAGGCUUCUUCACAUGAGAGACUACCUAAUCACGGAGUCGGAUCUCGCCGGACAAGUCAUGACAGAGCGGCCGGCGAGCCGUCAAAAAAAAUAAACCCAGCUGCCAGCAGCUACUCGGAAAACUCUCUCUCUCUUGAAGAGGCAUCUAUUCCAUCAUUGGACACCAUCGACAUCAAUGCAGACCACCACGCCAAUAUGAUGACAUCUGCUCUUUUGGAGUUCUAUUGCCAAAGCCGCGCAGCAGACAUCCUCAAUGCGCAGCCAGGCUCGAGUAAAACAUACACCAAGCAAUCCCCGGAAGCUCAAUACCUUGGAAAGAAGCUCUACAAAUACCAGUCCCAAAUCCUAUCCAAACACGGUCUGGUUACAGAUGGAGCCCACGAAGAAGAGUUGGGGGCCACCAGGCAAGAAUAUCGUGACCGUCUCGAUAUGCUCGGCCUCUCCGCUCUAGAAGGCCUCAAUCUUGUCGAACCCGGUGUCCGGUCCCCGAUUGAAGGUGGAGAGGAUCGGGAACUGGCUCUAGUUUCAAGAAACGUCCAAGGGAUUGUCAUUCCUGAAACCGCAUCUCCAUUAUGGCCAAGAGAUGGGGCCGAUGGCAAUUUUGGGAGACACCUUCCCUCGAUCGGCAACUUUGACGUUCUCGAUGGCACUGCAGGCGCACCGAAUCCUUCACGCCCGCUUUUCGGAAGUUCACCAGUGGGGAUCUCACUCUUUCCGCAACCCUCGGUUCCAUCGCUAAACAACAUGUCUCGUUAUUCCGUCGAAUUCAGCGAACUCAAAAUUUUGGGACGGGGCUCCUUCGGUGAAGUCUACCACGUGAAGAAUCACAUCGACUCGCAAGAUUAUGCUCUGAAAAAGGUACCAAUUUCCCAAAGACGCCUCGACCAAUUGCAAUAUGGUGGAGAAAAUCAACUGGAAACCAUCAUGAAAGAAAUUCGAACUCUUGCUCGCUUGGAGCAUUCGAAUAUUGUUCGGUACUACGGAGCAUGGGUCGAACAAGCACAUGUUUCGAGUCACAGGCCUUUCGAACAAUCUGCGAAGCCGCGCUACGAACCCUCCCAAGAGCCCCUAUCCAGCCAGGGGUCCACUAAUGAGCCUAGCAUGGGAAUCGUUUUCGAAAACUCUGAAAGCUCCAUGGCCGAUUCACACCCGAAUUCCUACCCCGAGGAUCAAGGAUCUUCCAAUAGGAUUAGACGCUGGGAUAGUCAUGCGACAUCAUCAUCUCGACACUCGAAAAAGAGUUCCGUAACUGGAUGGGAAGAUGAUGAAGAUAUCGAGUCCAUCCCUCGCAAUUUCGACAAUCAUUCGUAUGGACAAACAUCAACAUUUGGAGAGACCGAUGAUAUAUUCACCGAUGGACUGAGUCAAGAUCAUUCUAAGCUUCAGGUCCAGCGUCAGUGUCGGCCAGGGAACCAGACCCCCGCUGUGAUUCUUCAUAUCCAAAUGUCACUUCACCCUAUCUCUCUCAGCUCAUAUUUAAACCCUCAGGCUGCAGCCAAGUACAAUGACACUGAGUGCAUACCAUCGCGACGUCAUUGUUUUCAUUUGAUGCCAUCGCUGAAGUUGUUCCUUGAUAUUGUUUCGGGUGUCGAGUAUCUCCACUCCAAGAAUAUUGUGCAUCGGGAUUUAAAGCCCGCCAAUAUCUUCUUGUCUUUGCCUCAAAACAGCAAAACAGACACAUGCAUUCCUUGCCACUCGGAGCCAAAUUCCCCAUCCCAGUUCUGCCACCCCCGAAUCGGUGAUUUUGGUCUCGUAGCAGAUAUCUCCCAUCUCAAUUCACCCGCUUCGGAGGGCACCGUGACUCCCUUCCAUCGUGGCCCAAACAUUCAGCGAGUUGUGGGAACAGAAUUUUAUCGACCACCUGCCAAUACGGAUGAUAGUGACACGCCAGGAUAUUUUGACGAAUACAAAAUCGACGAGAAAUUGGAUGUCUUUUCCCUUGGCGUUAUUCUCUUCGAGCUUGUCUACCAACUAAAUACCAAGAUGGAGCGCCAACUGGUGUUGAACCAAUUGACCCGAGGGUCAAUCUCUUUCCCGGAUGACUUUGCUUCCAAGGUUGACCAUGGUGAGACAAAGUUGGAUAUUGGAGUUGUCGUUGCCGACUCCUUAAUGACCUGCAUCAAGGGGAUGUUAUGUCCACAAUCGCUUCAUCGGUGGAGCUGCCAGGAUGUGAAGGAUCAACUGCGACAAAUCUACAAAGCUGUCAAAAGGCUAGAGACUCGUCAAAGUGCAAAGUGA